AUGGACAGAUACCUGAAAUUAUUUCCACCAACAUACAAUAAAAGACGAGAGAGCAAAUUUUCUUGUGCAGCAUUUGCCUUUGUCCAAAUUUACAUCACUAUUAGCAUAUUAUCAAUAACAUCACUAGUUCAAGCUGAUAGCCCUCAGCCAAAUUACAGUCUACCAGCGGCGGAUAUCCCUGGAAUACCUUUAGGCAAUAAUGACAGUGAUUCAUAUCCAAAUACGGAAUAUGCAAAAAUAUUGGCUUAUUCAUUAUACUUUUAUGAGGCACAAAGAAGUGGAAAACUACCACCCGAUAACAGAGUGCCGUGGAGACAUGAUUCAGCUUUACAAGAUGGGCAAGAUGUCGGGCUCAACCUAACCGGGGGUUACUAUGAUGCAGGUGAUUACUUAAAAUUCACUCUCCCAUUGUCUUGGGUCAUCACAUCCCUAUCUUGGGGCAUCCUAGAUUGGGGUAAGGGAUAUCAACUUGCCAAUCAAUCUCAAUAUGUUCACGACAUGAUUAAGUGGGGAACAGAUUGGUUAAUAAAGGCACACCCUGAUCAGAAUACAUUAUAUGCAAUGAUUGGAUUAGUAAGUGUAGAUAAUAAUUAUUGGGGACCGGAUAACAACAUCCCUCUUCCACGUCCUUCGUUCAAAGUAAACUCUUCAGCACACGGAACAGACGUCGCGGGCGAAACCGCAGCUGCAUUUGCGGCAUCGUCUUUAGUAUUCCGAAAUUUCUAUAACGAGUCCUCUUAUGCGGACAUUCUUCUUUCACAUGCAAUAAAUGCGUAUGCGUUUGCUGAAUCAACACCAUUUGUUCUGUAUCAGAAUUCGAUUCCUCAAGUUAAGGAGGCUUAUGCUUCAACAAAUUAUGCAGAUGAAUUAGUGUGGGGUGCACUUUGGUUACAUCGAGCAAAUAACAACGGCACCUCUUAUCUUAACAAGGCUAUUGAUUAUUUUAACGCAAAUUCUUUAGCCGGACAGAACAAUAUAGUAAAUUGGGACGACAAAACAGGUGCUGUUUAUGUAUUACUCGCCCAGUUAGUUCAGCAAUCUGGUCAGGAUGCAAGUAAAUGGAAAGCCGAAGCUGAAAGAUAUUUGGAUGGGAUAGUGACACAAUCAACUGAUUGUUCUCUCACCAAAGGUGGUCUUUUAUGGUGUGGUGGUGAUAGCACGUCUGCUUCCUUAAACCCGGCAUUAAAUGCCGCUUAUUUAUUAUUAAACUAUGCUCCUUACGCUACUUCACCCGAUAAGGCUCAACGUUAUAGGGAUUUUGCCAUAUCACAAAUUGAUUAUACACUAGGUAAAAAUCCAAUGCGUACACCGUAUGUAAUCGGCGUUCAUCCUAAUUCACCACAGAACCCACACCACGCCGGUGCAAGUGGCGGAAUCGAUAUCACGAACCUAAAUAAUCCAUCAGAAACUAAAUAUGUCUUGUAUGGAGGUCUUGUUGGUGGUCCAGAUAAGAAAGAUAAUUUUGACGACGAUAGAUCUGACUAUUCUCAAACGGAGGUUGCUUUGGACUAUAACGCACCCUUUCAAAAUUUGAUGGCAUAUCAAGUUAUUAAUUCACACAUCGAUCCUUAUUAUGUCAGUGUUCCACCUGGAAGACCAGCACCAAGAAAGGAGGGCCUCAGCACUGUUUUUAUCGCGAUCUUGGCGGUCGCUGGCUUGUUUACAAUUGUUGCUGUCAUUAUUCUGUUUUCGGAACGCAAAAGAAUCUCGAGCUGGUGGAAAGAUCUUCGACUAAAACGAAGUCAAACUUGA